GCCACAAGAAGAAGAAAAAAAGAUAAGUAGAGAGAGAGAGAGAGAGAGAGAGAGAGAGAAGAGAGAGAGAAGAAGAAGAAGAAGAAGAAGAGCCAUGAAGGCUGAAGUGAUAAUGGUCAUGGAAGAGCAAAGAGCUGAGCCUGACGGCCGCGGUGGACACUGCUGCGGAAUGAGCAGCGUUGUUAAGGUAGAAGAUGGAGAAAAGAACCAGCAGAGGAAUGAUAAUUCAAAGCGAUCUUCUCCUGAGCCAAAAAACAUAAGCACCAGUAAGCAGGAACAAGAUCCGCUUAAAUCCGCCCGAGCCGAAAUGGGUGAGUUGAGAGAAGAAAAUCAAAGGCUGAAGACGUACUUGGACCGCAUAAUGAAAGAGUACAAGACCCUCCAAAUGCAGUUCUUCGACAUCGUCAAGCCCGAUCAGGAGCAAAAGAAACCUUCAGAUAAUGAAGCAGCCGCUAAUGGUAACGAUGACAGGCAACAAACUGAAGAGUCUGAAGAGCUUGUUUCUCUCAGCCUGGGAAGAGCCACCUCAAGCCAGCACUCAGAGAAAGAUGAUGAGAAAAACAAGUCAUCGAUUUCAUCACGCGAGGGGAAGUUGCUAUUCUUAGAGAAUAUUAGCAAAGAUCAAGACUUGGGUCUCUCAUUGGACUGCAAAUUAUCCGAUGCAUCGAGAAUGAGUCUGGUCGAAGCUUUGCUGAAGAAUAAUAAUAACAACAAGAGUAGUCCUGCGACUAGCUUUGAAGAUCAUCUAAAGGAAGAAGCCGGACAGACUUGGCCACCUAGCAAAGUCCUCAAAACAAUGAGAUCAGAUGGGGAUGAUGAGGUUUCCCAGCAAAACCCGCCCAAGAAAGUUAGGGUUUCAGUGCGGGCUCAAUGCGACACGGCGACGAUAAACGACGGAUGUCAAUGGCGAAAGUAUGGCCAAAAGAUUGCAAAAGGAAACCCAUGCCCUCGAGCGUACUAUCGGUGUACGGUGGCGCCAUCCUGCCCUGUUAGAAAACAGGUGCAAAGGUGUGCUGAGGACAUGUCCAUUUUGAUAACCACAUAUGAAGGCGCGCAUAACCACCCGCUUCCAAUGUCGGCCACUGCUAUGGCUUCCACCACCUCCGCUGCUGCUGCCAUGCUGUUGUCCGGCUCCUCAAGCUCACAGCCAGGACAGAGUCAUGGCACAUCCGCCACUACUGGGGCCGACCUUCACGGGCUUAACUUUUAUCUGUCCGAUGCUUCGAAAUCGAAGCAAUUUUACCUGCCCAGCUUGGCCAUGUCAUCUGCUCCUACCUGCCCAACAAUCACUCUUGACCUCACUUCCUCGAACCUGUCAUUGGCAUCGUCGACUUCGUCGCAUUUCAAUCGAUACUCCUCCCAUACUUACCCUUCGACAACGUCAAGAUACUCUUCCACAAGCUUAAGCUUUAGUUCGCCCGAUCCAUCUGAUAAUUAUCUUCCCAUGUCAUGGGCUAACAAUGGGCUUCUUAACUACGCCACUCAGCUCCAAAACAAGAACCACACAGCUUAUCAACCCUACUUGCAAAUCAAGAAUAACCCUAGCCCUACUCAACAAUCUCUACCAGACACCAUUGCCGCCGCAACCAUGGCAAUCACGGCAGACCCCAAGUUCCAAUCCGCUUUGGCAGUCGCUCUCAAGUCGAUCAUUGGCAACAGUAGCAGUGGAGCUGCUGCGGCGACUAUAGGGGAUCAUCAUCAGGGGGUCGGAGACAGCAACAGCUUCGGCCAAAAGUUGAGGUGGAGCACCGAACCCUUUUCAACGGCCUCUUCUCUCCUCCCCCAGGCGUUACAAGCAAACAGGUGUGCAUUGAGUUCCUUGAACAAAUCGAGCUCGACGAGUGCUUCUCAACCCGGAAGUUUUGUGAUUGCACCUCCUUCGUUGCCGUUCUCUUUGUCGAAAAGUGCAUCCACGUCCCAAAACGAUAACAGGGAUCGCACAAAUUUGUGAGCUAAGUAGAUGAUGGCAUUUCAUUAGUUGUGCAUAUUUCGGUGACUUUAGUUGUAUCGUGAUGGAGAAAGUUGUGCAGCAUGAUAAAAUAUGUAGCUGUUCCGAGCAAACAGCUUUUGUUCACAGAGAAGGGCCGGAACAACGAUUUGUUUCUUUACUUUGCAGACUUACAUUGGUGAUUUGUUAUUGUUUGAGGUGGAAAAUCGUUGGCCUAUUGGUCCUUCAAAUUAAGUUGCAGUGUUUUGUAGCUUUAUUUCAAAAGGCAAGGGUCGUUUCUAAUUUACUCAAAUUGGUGUACCAUCGUGAUGGUUCAACAGGCAAAGAGAUAUUGUACAAGGGGCUUUGCUAGUGUAAGAGUCCAUGGGUCACUGGGAGAGUAACACUACAUUGUGAGCUGUGAGCC